AUGGAGCAAUCCGAGGAGGAAGUGAACGACCGGCAGGCUUCGAACCCUCAAGACCUUAAAGUGCUACGCGACGAUUUUAACGCCGGAUCCGUUUCGGGAUCCAGUAACGCGUUGCACUCGACAGAACCGAGUUCAGGUGAAUAUCCAACCUGUCAUCUCAACACAGAUUCCUCAGGCAAGUCGAAUCCGGGUGACCGAGACCUAAUUGACGUCUUCGUAGCCGACACUUGCGUUGGAGGAACACAAACCCUGAGCUCAACUGAACCGCCCUCAGGUCAAAGAAGACUUCCGACAACUCAGACUUCCAGCAAACAGAGUCUGACCGUGCCAGAGCUUUAUACUCUCGUCUUAAGCACCGCCAAACAUCGCGUCCGAUCUCAGGAGGUGCGCGACAACUUCACCGAGGUGGAAAGGUCAGGGCUCGAGCACAGCAUUGGAAUGUUGUUCAUGUGGGCUCAAGGACUGGAUCUCUCACGUUUGGACAGCAAAGUCAACCAAAUCACAGGUAUAUACCGUGCCGUGCGACGAACGCUGAUUCGAAUAGUACGCAUAUUGAACUCUGUGCCACAACUGCAGCGAGUGAACAAUGCGCAGUCUGCUGUCUUCUUCAGCGAAAGUGAAAGCGGAGACUCGAAUGAUUCCAGCGGGGCGAGCGAUGUCGAGGACGAAACGACCAAGCCACGUGAAUCAGCAAGCGUGUCGACAAAGAGUUCGAGGAUCAUUGAACAGCUGCAGCUUCGAGUGAGUGCUUUGAUGCACUUGCUGCCUACGCUCCGGCACGACUAUGAGGCAGCAAGAGUAUAUGACUUUGAUGAAGAGCCUUUGGAUACUUCCGAGCACGAACUUCAGAAACACAAAAUGACUUAUGUGUUAAAGUGCUCGAGUUGCAGCUACCAGAGCGUAGAGGCAGAAGCCUACUUCGAACAUAUGGAGUCGAAGCAUACGCUGACCAAGCCACAAAAUGACAUGCAGACUUCGGCGCUGCUCACAUCAGCUCGCGUGCUCGUCUCUGCAGAUCACUCAGAAGAAAAAUGCCCUAUGUGCUCGAGGAAGGGAUUUGUAUCUAAGCGAGCCUUCACCAAUCAUGUUGCGCAGCACAUGGAGGAGAUAGCGUUGAAAUCUCUUCCUGCUGACGCAGAAUCCAAGUCCGAGCAUUGUUCUAUCAGCCCCAGCGGCACCGCUCCAAAAGAGCCCAGCGCCAGUCCACUUAUUGAGGAAGAUCGUAUCUCUGAGAUGAUGGGGGCAUUGAGUACGGACGGUGAAGCAGGCGAAAAUGAGGUCGAACCGACCUGGCGAAAUAUCCCACUGCAAUUGAAGAAGAAUGGGUCAUACGUGACAUUAGCCGCGGCUUUACUGGAUACCGGCGCAGAUCACUGCCUGAUUAAGAGGCCACUUGCAAAUCAAGUGUACGAAUGGGGCUUGACAAAUUUCGAGCCCAGUCGAGUCAAGGAGCUAAUCUCACUCGACGGUUCAAGGGUUCCAGUUUCAACGAAGGUCAAGUUUACGUUUUGCAUUGAUGAAACUAGAUACAGGACAGCUUUUCUAGUGGUUCCUGAUGAUUUUGGCGUGAGCGAGGUGAUUCUGGGGGCCAAAUUCAUCAGCAGGCAUAGGCAUCUCUUGGAGGGCAGAACUAAGUAG